AUGGCGAGAGGUGGGAAUUGUGAAGGCGGGGAACCGUUCAUGAAGCCGGAAGAUUUGCACAUGUGGCUCAUUUCGUUUGCGCUUCUCAUGGUUCUGACUUCGAGCCUUUCUUUCGCCUCCACUCAGUUCCGCCCAGCAACUGACCCUCUAUGGAUUGAUUUUGCAAUUCUCGUGAAUUGGGGCGUUACCUUCGCGGCGUGCGUCAUAAUGUGGUCUUUGGCACGCCUGAUUAACAGCGAGAAGACGGAGUGGAAACUGCUCUACCUGUCUUUGUUUUCCGUUAUAGUGCCUCGGUCCUGCUUCCCAUUUCGCUUUGGCGAAGUUGUGCUACAUCAGAUGUGUCUCAUGGGAUUCAACUUCUUCACCGACCACGUAUCGUGGAAAACAAAUGCCUUCUGCGGAAACUUGGGCUAUCGCAUAGUGCAGAUAUUCUACAGGCAAUUGCGGGAGGCGAAGCGGCCAGCUCGGCCUAUUUAUGCAUGUAUUGGCUCGAAUACUGCCUUCCGAGACAAAUGGAUUAAGUCUGCUGACCCCCGAAAGGCUGCAGUGAACGAAGCAAUGCACUCUUCUCUUCUUCCCUGCAUCUAUGAGCACCAAAGUACAGCUCGUGCCGGGGACCUCCUGCGCCAGCCAGAUCCCUUCUCCAUUAGGCGAAGACGCAUGCGGCUUUCUAGAAACUACCUGGGAGCCACCUCCUCGAUGCGGGGCUUUUCACGGAAGAAAACCAUGACGUCUAAUGGGGUAGCAACGCGGCGCUACUGGACCAAACUGGAUAACUGCUCCGCCCUGUACUUCCAGGCUGUGCAUCGCCGCCUUAUUUUGUGCAAAGAUGACAUGUUGCGAUAUGUCGUUGAAAUCGAAGAUUCGGGCGUAUGGAGUAAGGAGAAGGAACUUCAGCUGUUUGUGGUGCCGAACUGCCACUACGGCUACGUGGAUUCCAAGUGGUAUCUGGAGAUGAGUUUUCCGGGUGCAUAUGGAGGCUUGUUUUGCUGCCCUCUUGGGAAUGCGGUGGAAGGCAGGCAAGUGCUGCCUGCUGAAAGUACACAAUCUGAACACGAAGUUCUGGACGGGGCUGCUGCUGCAAGCAUGCGCUCACCCGCAGCUUGUGCAGCGCUGAUGGGCGUUGACACUGUAAAGCCCGUUAAAAGAGAGGCUCAUGUCAACGGCGCCCUCAAGCGAAAAAUGGGAGGCUGCCCUUCAGGCCUAGGCGCCUCGGUUGGAAGUUUGGAUCAGCCAAGCCCGCAAUGUGUUCAAAUUGUCCUCAUCUGCAGGAACAAACUCGGUGGUGUGGCUGUCUGCGGCAUCCUUGGGUUGGGGAAGGGCACCGCAAUGGGGAGGGCGGCGAGCCGCACGCCAGCAGUUGUUUUGCCUAAGGUGAAGUCGGGAGUUUUCGAGGACAGUGCAAUCGAGCGGUGGUACCUCCUGUGGAGGGCAGAGUAUAUCAUUAAGUUUUACAAGGAAAUCUGUCACAUCAAUCUGCUCAUCUGUGCCCUGCAGUGCUUGUUUGAAAUGACACGGCGGAUGGUCGUUGAGUGUCUAAACCAAGCGAUUGAGCGCUACAAAGACACAAACAAUGCCGAGUUGGAGUUUCUCGGUGUCCGCGUGGAGCUGCCUUCAUGGACAAGGACUUUGGCUGCCUUGUGGCGCCCUUUGCUGCAAUUUGCAAUUCUUUCGGCACUCAUUUUGCCCAUGAAGUUUAUGGAGAGCCGCGGGGGGAAAAAUGCGUGGAAGUUUCAGCUCUUGGCCCUCGGACAGGCUGUGACAUACACGGCAUUCGCAUUCUGUGAACUGCUAGGGAGAUGUUACAUUAUGGCGACGGAACCUCUGUUCACAACGGCGACGAAGAUCCCGAAAGGGGUGGAGCUUACGUUUGUAGUUGGGGGCCAUUUGAUCCUCCCACUGUUCAGCAUCGCCGUCACCGUGCACCUGCGACGGAUUUCGGAGGCUACUAUUCUUAUUAUCUCCGUCGGGUCGGCUUUAGUCACAAUCGUAAUUCUCUCCGUUGUUGGCUGGGAAUUUAAGAUCGCGGCAUUCUUUAUGCUCAGUCGUACCCUCUACGCUCUGUUUUUCAUCAUGCUAGUCAGGUGA